AUGCUGCCAUCACGUAGACAUUUAAUUGCCCUCGUUGUGGUGACAACAUUAGCCUGUCAGCUCUGUCUCACAGCGGGUCAGGCGUCUUCGUUUGCGGCCACCAUAUUUCAGAACAACAACCAACAACAGUCGGAAAAUGGGACCCUUUCGAAUGCCACCAUAACAAUCAGUUUCAGCGAGAUAAUAGCAGCAGCCGAAUCGGAUAACUCCAGCACAACAACCGAAGCAUCAACUAUAACUACAACAACUGAGUUUUCAACCACAACAACACUUUCAGAUACUAGCACUACCCAGCAAACAGCCACAAGCACAGAGAGCUCAACAGCAAGCACGCAAGCUUCCACAACAACACCACAGUCCACCACAACCAUUCCAAUAUCAACAACAGAAAGCACUACGAGCACACAAUCUACACCCACAACAACAGUUUCUGCACCAUCUAGCACAACACCACAGUCCACAACGACGGUCACACAGACUUCAACAACACCAACAAGUACUCAAACUUCCACCAUAACAUCAACAAUAACACCAAGCAUUCAAACCUCCACCACAACACCAUUAACAACCACACAAGGUUCGACAACAACACCACAAAUAAGUACAACUACACAAGCUUCCACAACAACUACACAAACUUCGACAACACCAGCACAAAGUUCACCAACACAAUCUUCAACAUCAACUACCCAAGCUUCAACAACAACACAAGCUUCCACAACAGCUACACAAGCUUCAACAACCACACAAGCUUCAACAACAACUCCACAAGCUUCAUCAACCACACAGGCUUCCACAACAACCACACAAGCUUCAACAACAACCACUCAAGCUUCAACAACUACUACACAAACUUCAACAACAAUACCUCAAACUUCAACAACAACCACACAAGCUUCCACAACAACCACACUAGCCACAACAGUUACACCAACAACCACACAAGCUACCACAACAACCACUCUAGCUUCUACAACAACACCAUAUCUCAGCACCACUGUACCCGCCUACACUGUCUACACAGUGGAGCCUUAUCCAAAUAUGUAUGGAAAAUCCAAUUCAUAUGGAAAGCGAAAAUCGCGAAAGGGUCGCAAAGGUCGCAAGGGCCGAAGGCAGAGGCGUCGCACCACCACCACCACUUUUUCACCGCCGUCUUCGAUUAGCACUAGCACCACUACUACAUCAACAACCACAACCACUCCCAGGACAACACCAAAUGACGAUGAUUUCAGCGAGGACUACGAAAACAUGGUGGUUUUGAGUCCAAAUGGAGUUAUAGAACCGAUACCAGGUACUGCUCUGGAUCUUGGUAAUAUUGAUAACUUGAGGAUUCCCGAAUAG